CAGUUCUCUUAUCAACGGCGUGUUGUUAACAACGGUAGUAGUUUUUCUCGUGAACAGCUGAGGGCUGAAAUUCGGAUCGCAGUAGUCCAGCAGGAAAAGUGAAAAUUUUUGGAGGCCAUCCAGCCUUUUGCAAAAGGAUCAUCCAAGUGUGCGUGCUCGGAAAAUUUGCUGCGUUAGUUGUGUGAGUGGAAGCAACACUUGGUUUCUCAUUGUCUCUUCCGAGUGCCCAUGGGAGAGUUCUCCUUCUUCUCCACAUUCCAAUUUUUUUCUUCCGGGCAGCGUGUGAUAAGAAAUAUCGCACAUAAACAGCAAGCCUCAGCCACCCAAACGAACCAAUAAAAAAAAAAUCACACAACCACCCCCAACCAGCUCAAUCCCACACCCUUUUCCGUGCAGCCGUUCGCAGAAAAGCUACUAAAAUUGCAACAGCAAUAGAAAUUACAGCUAUGCCUGAAGUGCUACCACUUUCUGGCAUGGCUGACGCCGAGCCGGACCUUUCGACGUUCGAGAACAAAACGGGACUGGCAGAGGACAUGAAGUUCCUCGCUUCGAUGCCGGAACUGUGCGACGUUACCUUCCUGGUGGGGGAAACGCGGGAGCCGGUUUGUGCCGUCAAGGCGGUGCUGGCAGCACGAUCCCGGGUGUUCCAGAAAAUGCUCUACCAGGCACCUUCGCCGCAGCGCAAGAAAGAUCCACCCCCCAGGGAGAACAAGCUGCGACUGUUUCUCAAACGCUCCUCGGAACCGCUACUCAACUUGCAGAACGCUGCCCAGCAGCCUCCCGGUCAGCAGCAUCAAACCUUGAUCAUCGAAGAGUUUGAACCGGAUGUGUUCCGGCAGCUGAUCGAGUAUAUUCAUACGGGUUGUGUCACACUGCAGCCAAGGACUCUGCUUGGAGUCAUGAAUGCCGCCGAUUACUAUGGACUCGAAGAGCUAAGACGAGCCUGUGGUGGGUUCGUGCAGUGUUGCAUCAAUGUAGACACGGUCUGUGCACUGCUGGCAUCGGCCGAACGUUACAUCCAGUACAAGUGUACCAAGAGCUUGGUGCAGAAGGUGCUGGAGUUUGUGGACGAGCAUGGAAACGAUGUUCUGAAUCUUGGUAGUUUUACACUGCUACCUCAGCAUGUGGUCCGUUUGAUCUUGGCCCGAGAAGAGCUGAGGGCCGAUGAGUUUACCAAAUUUCAGGCGGCUUUGAUGUGGAGCAAAAAGUACUGUGACUCUAAUCAGAAUCCUCCGCUGAAGGAAGUCAUCGGAAGUUUCCUAGAAUUCAUACAAUUCCACAAGAUUCCGGCAAAUGUACUGAUGCGUGAGGUUCAUCCCUUAGGCUUGGUACCCUACUCGAUCAUCAUGAACGCGCUAGCUUUUCAGGCAGACCCAACAAGUGUGGACCCCGGAAAGCUCUCCCCCAACUCCAGUCGAUCAUCCAAGUCCCACCACUCGAAACAUCUCCCGAAGAUACGCAAGGCCAAAUCCCAGAGUUUCCGCACCCGUCGCAGUCCAUCCGAGCGUAAAAGUCACGGAACCUCACCAUCUCCCUGGACCUUCAAUGCAGAUCAACGCAGAAGCCCAGUUAAUAGUUUGCAGCAUCAAAUCCAACAGCACAUACCCAAAUCGCCAGGUAGCGCGUCAGCCCAUCUGGAGCAUCGCAGCUCGAUAAGUUCGCAGAAGAGUCCCGCACUGUCUCGCCAGGGUACUCUGCGAUCAUCACAUCGCAGAAAAAGCAGCUUGGGUGCUUCACUGAACUUGAAUCAGGGACGACGCAGCCCUAUCAACAUGAUGAAUGAUCGAUCACCUCAGGGCCGUAAGAGUCCCAACUUCCUCAUCACUGACCAAAUGUAUGCUCAAAGUUUCCAGGUCCACUUGGACCGCAAAUCUCCUACAGCAAUGUCUUUUUCGGGUAGACGAAGUCCUUCUGGUCUCCGUAGUCCAUCCGGCUUACGUAGUCCAUCGGGUUUGCGUAGCCCUUCUGGUUUCCGAAGUCCCUCGGGACAUCGCUCGCCCUCGGGUAUGUGUAGUCCUUCUGGACAUCGUAGCCCACUGGGUUUCAACCUACAGUCUGAAUAUUCUAACAUGCUACAGAGUCAGACAGAUCGCUUUAGUCCCAACUCGCUCAGUAGCCAUUCUGCUCAGGAUCGUCGUAGCCCAACGACUCAUUUACCACCGGAGCGUAGCCGUAGUCCGAUUGGUUUUCACUCCCGCUACGGUUCGAGUUUCUACGGAGACAGAUCACCUCGUACUAGUCCCACCACCCACACCAGCAUUCCUCCGAUAACCAUCUCCAAUCCGUCGGAAACGUAUGAAAUUGUUCAGAAAUCGAUGGACUCUGCACGCAGCCCGAUGAAGCCGGAUAUGCCUGGAAUCCUACCAAUGUCUACCUCUUCUCAAAAGACUCCAACGGGAGCCACCACACCAGGUUCGGCCUGCUCAAGUACAGCUCCCGAAAAGAAAGAGAAAACGAGCGUCAUGAAAGAGAUACUUGCGUUUGUGAGGAAACCAUCGAAAAAGGUGUCAACUCGAACGAGCAAGUUUGCUGCGGCAUUCUCGAGAGCUGAAUCUAAUACCGGAGCUCCCCUCAUACGGCAGAGUACCUUCUCCAGUAUCCAAAAUUCCUCAAGUUGCGCUGGCCGUAACGCCAUCACUAAACAGAUGUCGGAAAUUGGAUUUGAACCGAUUAUGUCCUCACUAAAGUUGAAGAGCUAUGGUUCAAAAAUGUCUCUGAAAUCGUUGCGAAAGUUUAGUGAAAAGAAGGAGAAGAAAUCAAGCGGAGACGAGAUCAGCGAUGUUGAAACAAGUGACGGUGGAAAGGCGGAGUUCAGCAAUACUGUGGACGUUCCGUUUGAGCUUGAAAAUGUUAAAUUUGAAAAAGUUGGCGAUUCCUAUAUCAAGCAUGAUCAGAUCAAAGAGGAGGACAGUCCACGAGAGUCUCAAGAAUACGAGGAACCAGAUUGUGGAAGUUUAAGAGUUACAACGGUGAGUGAAAUCAAGAAGUCGUUGGAAGCACUUUUUACACGUCAGGAACCGAUUGACGAGGCAGCUGAAGAUCUUCGAAAGGAUUCGGAGACAAUGCAAUGUCCGACGUUUGAAAUCGAGCCACCAUCAAGAAGGGCUUCCUUCGACCCACCACGGUCUCCGUUCCUGGAGAACUUAAGAAGCUUAAGUGAUACGGAUCACGAAGGGACUCACCAUAGCCGGCUGGAUUCCGGAGGUGAUAGCUUCGAGUUGGUGGAAACCACCGAUCGUCGUGGAGAAAGUAGCGUCAGUGAUCGCCACUCUUCAAUGGACACAAGCUUCGACAUCAGCCGGUACCAUUCCACUAGCUAUGAAGAUCAAAACUCUAGUUUUGAGCUGGUUGAGCUAGACAACUCUCAGCGGACUUCCGCAAAGGAUGAUAAAGUGUAUCAGUUCGAUAUCCGUAAAUCAUCAAUUGAGUUGGUGGAUGCUGAAACUUUUCAGAAGCCUUGUCCCAGUGGAAGAAAGUCGUCGUUAGAGACACAUUUCGAUCUAGCUGAGGGAUAUCAACCCACAAGUCCGAGAAGUGCGUUCACAGUGAUUCCGAAAGCGCGAAAACAGAUUUCGGAACCAGGCCGCAAUCGUGAUCAUUAUUCUAAAGCAACUCCCGGAACCAGUGGCAUGAAGACCCACCACUCGGCACCGCAUCGGGCCAAAUCGCCUCUAUCCAACCAAACAUCCUCAAACUUUAGCUCCCGAGAUAGCUACGACUCAAUCUUCGAAUCGCUGCCGCACUGCGAUUCACGAAGUCCGUACUCUGAACGUGGCGACUCGAAGCAACACUUUCCACUGCCUCGAAAAUCAUCCAACGAAUCUUCCUCGCGCUUCCUCUGUACUGACAAACGCUGUGCCUCAAUCUUUGAACCCCGCCCUGCCCGCCUUUCCUCGACCCACCUCGAUACCUCCAGUGGGAGCGAAUUCGAGCCACCGUCUCCGAGACGUGCGGCCAGCGCCUCCCCGAAGCAUACCUUCACCUUCCGGAUCGUGCUGAAGAAGGUGGACAGCUCACCGGAUGCCAUUUGCCCGUCAGCCGAGCGCAGGAGCCGCGAAAAGGUCGACAAGAACAAACGGCGCGACAGCCGACGCAAGAAGCUGCUCGAAAUUGGCAAAAGUUUCUAAGAAGCUGCUAGUCAGGUAGUAGGCGUUGGUUUUUUUGCAGCCGGAGAAAAUUAGUGAAAGCGAAGCUAGUGACAAGAAGAGUCAUGGACUGUUGGAGCGCUUCAAGCUUCCAAUGAUUGCUAUGAUUGAUUGCUCUACAGUCGUUUCAAAUAUUUUAAAUAUUUUCCAUGUAUUAUGUAAACGUGUCAAUAUUUAUUCAACAAGUUAAUUGAGAAAAAAAAUUUUUGAAAAUUUUUCAAAUUUCCCACCGUAUUAAAAAAAACUGGUACUCAAUUGAGAAGUUGAGUUAUAAUUCCUGUCUUGAAGUUCACUCAAACCUUCCUAAUGGUCGUUGAGUUUUUUCCUCAAUGUAGUCGAUAAAUUAUUUCCAAACAGAAUUUUAAUACAAAAUCACUCCACUGAAUCAUUCCCAAGAAAAAAAGAGUUACGUCAUAAAAGGGAAACUUUCGGUAAAUAUUUAAAUUUUUAAAAUUUUGAAGAAAUUCAUUCCAGAAACAUAUGAAAUAUGAAAAAAAAAAUUAAAUAAUCGUCAAAAUUAACGAAUUCCAAUAAAAAAAAAUCAAUAAUAAAAAUUUCAAAUUUUAUCCCUGCACUUACAAAUCACCACAACGGAAAUAUAAAACCUUACGAAAAACAACAAAAGUGUUCAAAUAUAUACACAAACAUGCAGAUAAAAGACAACAGAAUCAAUACAUAAACUAGAAUCAAUCGUAAUAUUGUUACAAUUUCUAUCGUCCUUAGCACAGUUUGUCUACAGUAACUUUACAUUUUGAACUCAGUCAGCACAAUAUUGCAGUUUGAAAAGGAAAUAAUAAUCUACGAAAGGCUGUUACGUCAUACAAUAUGAAGAAUAUAAACGGGAUACGGAAAGUUUAUGAAACAUCCAAAGUAUGCAUGGAUUGAAUCCUUUAUAAUAAUGAACCCUUUAUGAUAACUAAUGUUGAGUCCUAUUGUUCACCGACACACUCUAGCAAAUAGGGGAUGAUCAAAAUCAUAUUCUACUGCAACAAAAAAAAACUUUAUCGUGUUAUUGAGCCGACAAAAUAUAGCCUCAUUUCAAAUUCGAAGUUUUUGCGUAAUUUUAAAUGGUCUUUUUAAGCAGAACACGAAGGGAUCGCCAAAAUUAAAAAUAAAAGACGUAAUCUACGAUGGAAUCCAAAAAAAAAAAUCGACAAAAACGGGCUGGAAACAGAGAGGUAGGGGAUCAAAAAUUACUCAAAUCAUUGCUUAACUUCAAGGAACAGAAAUAAAGAAAUAGCGGCUGAAAAGCCAAGCCAAAGUUCUUUUCCACAUACAAUUUCCUUCUAAUUAUUACAAUCUGUACCCAUAAUUGUAAACGGUAUUUAAUCAAUGUCAACCCCCAGGAAACUUUAUCUGAAAAAAAAUCUAACGGUAACUUUAUAAUAUGCAAAUCAUAAUUGUCUUCUGUGUCUAUGGGAAUGUUAACUAAAGUAAGACCCAAACCCCCAGAAAACGAUCUACUUCCCACCAAUAAUCUCGGCAAAACUUUGCUCCCCUAAACAGCCGUUAUCCAGCCAAGUUGUGCCAAACAAUCUCAUUAAUCGCGGUGUGUUGAAAUCGGAAAUAUAACCUGAAAGAUUUAAUUUUACUUUAAUAAAAAAAAAGAAGAUCCAAUGUUUAUUCCAUCGAUCAAUCGACGGCCAAAUUGAAAAAAAACCAUGUUUAAGAAACGACAAAAUCAAACCCAAACAGCUCUCUCAAAUAAACUGGAAAUGAUGAUAAUCAUAUAUGUGAAUGUUGAAUGAUAUAAUUCUUAUUUACCCCAUUGAGACAGAAUACUAAAAAAAAAGUUAAGCUAAUUCUAGAAGAGAAAUAAAACAAAACCCAAAACUUUAAGUGGCUCAGUGUUACCAGGAGCAGAAAAUAAGUCAAACGAUAAGAAAAUACAGAAGCAAAUUCCAAAACUCAACGUGAAAACGGGAAAACUCUGAAACUGGAGAGACAUUAUAUAUUGAAAAUCAAGAAUUUAAAACAAAUAUAUAUACAAUACAAUAUAACAUUCCACACUCA